AUGUCUCUCAGCAACAAGCUCCCCAUCACAGACGUUGACCUCAAGGACAAGCGCGUCCUCAUCCGGGUCGACUUCAACGUCCCCCUCGAUGCCGACAAGAAGAUCACCAACAACCAGCGUAUCGUCGGUGCCCUCCCCACCAUCAAAUACGCAGUUGAGAAUGGCGCCAAGGCCGUCAUCCUUAUGUCCCACCUCGGCCGUCCUGACGGCAAGGUCAACCCCAAGUACAGUCUGAAGCCCGUUGUCCCUGAGCUUGAGAAGCUCUUGGGCCGCAGCGUUGUCUUCGCUGAGGACUCCGUUGGCAAGGAGACCGAGGAGACUGUCAACAAGGCCUCCGGUGGUCAGAUCGUUCUGCUUGAGAACCUCCGUUUCCACGCCGAGGAGGAGGGUAGCUCGAAGGACGAGCAAGGCAACAAGGUCAAGGCCGACAAGGAGAAGGUCUCUGAGUUCCGCAAGGGAUUGACUGCUCUCGGUGACGUUUACAUCAACGACGCUUUCGGUACCGCUCACCGUGCUCACAGCUCCAUGGUCGGUGUUGACCUUCCCCAGAAGGCUUCGGGCUUCCUAGUCAAGAAGGAGCUUGACUACUUCGCUACUGCUCUGGAGAAGCCUCAGCGCCCCUUCCUUGCCAUCCUUGGUGGUGCCAAGGUCUCCGACAAGAUUCAGCUGAUCGACAACCUGCUCCCCAAGGUCAACAGCCUCAUCAUCACCGGUGCCAUGGCUUUCACCUUCAAGAAAACCCUUGAGGGCGUCAAGAUCGGAAACUCCCUCUUCGACGAGGCCGGUAGCAAGAUCGUCGGCGAGAUCACCGAGAAGGCCAAGAAACACAACGUUGAGAUCGUCCUCCCCGUCGACUACGUCACGGCCGACAAGUUCGCCGCCGAUGCGAAGACUGGCUAUGCCACCGACGCCGACGGCAUCCCCGACGGCUACAUGGGUCUCGACGUUGGCGAGAAGAGUGUCGAGCUAUAUAAGAAGACCAUUGCUGCUGCUAAGACCAUCCUGUGGAACGGUCCCCCCGGUGUCUUCGAACUGGAGCCUUUCGCCAACGCUACCAAGAAGACUCUCGACGCUGCUGUCGCUGCUGCUCAGGCCGGAACCAUCGUCAUCAUCGGCGGUGGUGACACUGCCACCGUCGCUGCCAAGUACGGUGCUGAGGAGAAGCUGAGCCACGUCUCCACUGGUGGCGGUGCUUCGCUGGAGCUCUUGGAAGGCAAGGACCUGCCUGGUGUUGCUGCCCUGUCGAGUAAGUAA